UAACAAGGGCAUUGUGAUAACAGCCAAUGAGGAAUCGACAACUCGCUACUACUGCUACAUCCGGUUCCUAUAAGUGUACACGCGAGCACUUGCGUGUUCAGAAAGAGUUGAAUCGUUGUUUUCCAUUUCUGGACUCUAGUUCUGUAAGUGAAAGUGACAACGUUCGUGUGACGAUGAAGGGCUUCACGUGUGUGUUGUCAAUGUGCCUGGCCAUGACGCUGGUACUCGCCGUUACCAAAGUGAAUGCAGAGAAUAAAGAAAAGAUAGCCCCGGCUGCCCACGCCCAACACGACCCCUUGGGGGGAGUGAACGAGACAGCUGACGGGGAGAGGAACAAACAUCGCGACCACGAAGCAGUCUUAGGAUCCCGGGAAGAAGCACAGGAUGCUGAUGACCUGACUCCGGAGCAGGCCAAGAACAGAUUGGAGAAGCUGGCCAAGACACACGACCUGGAUAAAGAUGGACGCAUCUCUAAGGAAGAGUUCAUCACAUGGAUCCUGCAGUCUCUCAAGUCUCUGGAUGAAGAGGAAGCUCUGAAAAAGUUGGCUGAGGAGGAUGGUGAUGGUGACGGGAAGCUGGCAUUCGGCGAGUACCUCAAGCAGCAGUAUGACUACUCUCAGGAGGAGCUCAAGGCCAUUAAGGAAAAACCUCUGGAUGAUGAUCACAAGUUCAUGAUUGAAACUAUAGGCGAGGACGAAAAGCGUUUCACGGCAGCUGACCAGGACAAGAAUGGGAUUUUAGACAAGAGCGAGUAUGUGGCCUUCAUGCAUCCGUACGACUACGAGCACAUGCACGCGUACGAGAUCGAGCACCGCUUGAAGGAGUUUGACCAGGACAAUGACACUGCUGUGUCUCUGAUCGAGUUUCUCGCAGAGUUCAAGAGAGCACGGUCUUUCCUGUACUCCUCAGCAAAUAUUGUUCGCAUACAACACCCUGAAACCAGCGACAUAUCUUUAUCAACAUUGAAAUUAGAUAAUAAGAAAACUUUAAAUGAAGAUGAUGAGGAUGCCACGAGUAUGGACCAGCUGAGGUUCAGGAAAUAUGACACUGACAAUGAUGGCUUUCUCAAGGGUGAUGAGCUGAAGACGUGGCUCACCCAGGGAAAUUUGGAAACUGCAACCGAGGAGGUAGAGUACUUGACAAGCAAGGCUGAUGCAAACAAAGAUGGCUUCCUGUCCUUGGCAGAGAUCCGGGAUCACGAUGAGGACUUCAUCUCUAGCAAGGCCACAGACUACGGAGAUACAUUGCUCAAAUUUAAAGACGAGUUGUAACUGUAUCCUGCUUUAGGCCUGUACAUAAUCUGUUUUCAUUCUUCAUCAAGGCAUGUGUCCACGUUUGACUUAGCUUGAGAGCUGGUGCUUAAAGUCUGUAUCCUUCAUCAGUCCUUACCUAUACAUGCAGCCUUGUCUCACAACAAUCUCAUUGCCUUGAAUGCUUUCAUAUUUCUUUACAUGCCCUUCCAAAACAGUACUUAAGCAUCAGGCACAAAUUAACCCCUGAUUGGGUCUUGGAUUCGGGAAGUGUUGUCCUGGGCCACCCACCAGCACCGAAGGUUUUAUAGGCCAUGUACCUAUCUUGCAAUACUUUAGUGGAUUUCAUGCGCAAUAUAUGAAUGCAAGGAAUGGAUGAAGUGGCAGCAUUGAACUUAUCUUUCCCCAGAUCAAUCAAGAGCUUACCCAUUAAGUGUUUCUCCCUUAUGUGUUGUUAGUAAUCUGUAUAUUCUGUUAGUUGUCUGUUACCCGUUUGUGCAAUCUGAUAUUAUCUUUAUGUUCUUUUUGACAUCUUGUUUGUCAUCUGUUACCUGUUUUUUCAGUCUGUUAUUUUAUGGGUUGCGGCUCCCAGCAUGGUUGUUUUCAGUGUGUUUACUGACAAGUGCAAUAUAACCAUGGACGGUUCCUGUCUGCUGCUAAUGCUCAGUGGUAUUUCAAGACUGAAGCAGGCUACCAAACUUUAUACAACAGACAAGGAACAAUGUAGUACAAGUUUUCUUUUAUUGUACAAAUUGUUGAUAUAUUAGUGUUACACAUAACCACAGACUAGCAGAAUGGUGCUACACAUUCCAGUUUAAAAGUUUGAUGCGGGAUAAAAAACUUAAUUUAAGUUUUUAGACUUCUGAAAUGAAAUCAUGUAUUUGUGUUUUUAUGGAACAAUUAUCGAUAGAAGUUUAUGUAUAUCUAGGUGUAGACAAUCAUUUGUAGAUAAAAUCUGUCAUUAUGCACAGCACGAGAUGGACUAUUGAGAAACUAUAACUUGUGGAAAGACAACUCCUAACAGCAUAUAAAUAAAAUAGGAUUGGUUCAGUUACUAAGUUGAUUUUGUCAGAUGGAAAACUUGCAGAGCCAUUAACACCCACAUCUCUAAACUUAAUUCCUUAAGAUUUUUUAUCAGACAUCGAACUGUCCCCUUAAUGACAGUCAUGAUCGUAAGAUGACCACAUGAUAGAGGCAUCCCAGCUAUAGAAAUUGCUUUCGAAUCUAGAAUUUACAAAUAACAAACAAGUCAGCAGCUAGACAAAAACAAAUUUUUACAAGAGAAAAAUGGACAAAAGCAUUCAGGAUGUUAAUGCCUGACAUAGUGACAAUAGUAUUCAUACAGAUUUACUAAGACAUGGCCUAUCUCAGUUGUCUUGUUGACAAAUGUCGGUGGCAGUCUGAGAUGGCUGUAUGAUGUGAGGUUGCUCAUCCAGAACUCCUAGCAUUCCUCCCCCUUUCACCAACAUAUGUUCCAUAUACAACCAUUCCUGCCAACAUAUUAAGACAUGUCCGCCACAGCGUGAAUGAGAUGCGUGUCAUACCUUAAUGAAUAAAAUAUAUUAUUUGA